GGAUCUUCUGGGUCAGCUGUGAGGCAGGAACCUACAUCCGGACUCUGUGCGUCCACCUGGGGCUGCUCCUCGGGGUCGGGGGUCAGAUGCAGGAGCUGCGGAGGGUCCGCUCUGGAGUUMUGGGCGAGAAGGACAACCUGGUGACGAUGCACGAUGUUCUAGAUGCUCAGUGGCAGUUCGACCACAACAAGGAYGAGUYGUACCUGAGGAGGGUCAUCUUCCCGCUGGAGAAGCUGCUGGUGUCGUACCGCCGCCUGGUGGUCAAGGACAGCGCGGUCAAUGCCAUCUGCUACGGGGCGAAGAUUUUACUUCCUGGCAUCCUGCGGUACGAAGACGGCAUCGAGGUGAACCAGGACAUCGUGGUGAUCACGUCGAAGGGCGAGGCCAUCUGCACAGCCGUCGCCCUGAUGACCACAGCAGUCAUCUCCACCUGCGACCACGGCGUCGUGGCCAAGAUCAAGAGGGUCAUCAUGGAGCGGGACACCUACCCACGGAAGUGGGGUCUCGGCCCGAAG